CGAGGACGUCAGCGGCGGGUGACGCUGCAGAGCGGCGGCAGCUGCAGGAGGCGCAGGUCCAGUGACACUGCAGAAAUGGCGGAGUAUGGAAUCUCAGUGGGUCAGCGUGUGGCAGUGGUCUGGGAUCGCUCUGCACGGGUUGAAGCACUGAAGGACCUGGUGGACAAGAUUCAUAUGCUAGUAGGAGCUGGCAGUCGUGUGUCUGUGGAAAAUAUUGACCAACUGUCCUACUCUUCUCACACUGAGUCCAGUUUUGAUGUGGUCCUCUCGGGCAUGGUGCCAGGCAGUACAACACUGCACAGUGCAGAGGUACUGGCAGAAAUAGCUCGAAUACUCAAGCCAGGCGGUUGUGUCCUUCUGAAAGAACCAGUGUUUGCAGAAACAGGUAACAACAACAGAAUCAAGACAGCAGCCAAGCUCCCCACUGUACUUAUGCUCUCUGGACUGGUGGAAGUGAAGGAGCUUCAGAAGGAGCCUUUGACCUCUGAGGAAGCCCAGUCAGUCCAGGAACAUCUCGGCUACCAGGGCAAUGACCUUGUCAUUGUUCAAAUGAAAGGCAAAAAACCCAACUUUGAAGUGGGAUCUUCCAGUCAGCUCAAACUUUCCUUUGCCAGGAAGUCCACUUUAGGAGGAAAGCCCAUUGUGGACCCCAGUACUGCAAAGCUGUGGACUCUCUCUGCCAAUGACAUGAAUGAUGAAGGAAUGGAUCUCCUAGACUCAGAUGAUCUGUUGGAUUCUGAGGAUUUGAAGAAGCCAGAUCCAGCUUCCCUAAAAGCUCCAUCCUGUAAGGAGUUAGGCAAGAAGAAAGCCUGUAAGAAUUGCACAUGUGGCUUUGCAGAAGAGCUGGAGCAGGAAAAGAAGAGCUUUCAACCCAAAUCAGCUUGCGGAAAUUGUUAUCUGGGGGAUGCAUUCCGAUGUGCCAGCUGCCCUUACAUGGGGAUGCCAGCCUUUAAACCUGGAGAGAAAAUCCUCCUGAAUGAAGACCACCUUCAUGAUGCCUAAUGGGUGGACAUUAUGGAGUGCAGCUGUUCCAUUGCUCGCUGCUUUGGAGCUCCCUUCACCCUAUCCCACCUCCUUGAAUUCACUCUCUCAGAAAUGCUCCCUUAUGGGGAAAAGGAGGUGAAGUGGGUCUGAGAAGGGACAUAAUGGAUAUAGCUGCCAUAGUGCACUAAAAGGGAGUUCACCGGACACUAUUAACUUUUGGCAUUGGGUAAUCUUUAGUGACAAUCAGUCUCAUGUAUGUCUUGUUGUGGGUCUUUUUUUUAAAGCUGUUUUGAUGUAGCUCUGAGGUGCUGGCUGGCUUGGUAUGUCCCACUAGCAGGAGGGAUGUGUACAUUUGGAUUCUGAAGCCAGGCUAACCUGUUGUAAACAUAUGUGGUAUCCUAGCCAAUGCUUCUCCUCACUCUGAUUAUACCAUGGUUUAUCAUAAUUAUUCCCAGUAUAUCAGCAAUUCUAGCUUAAGGCUCUCAAGGUGACACCUGUUUCCUGUUGUUUCUGGAAGCUCAAAUCCAUAGUUCCUUACAGCGUAGGGCUGGGGACAUAGAGUAGGAACUGGCAGGGAUAUCUAUGAAACUCCCUGGCAGGGCUUGGGAGAUGUGAUGAAUUUCCAAGUGUCUUGAUAACCUGCCAGUGAGAUGUUUUCUUUCCCCUGCCCCUUUCUCUUCUGUUUAAAAAAAAAAUUUAAAAGCUUCAUUUUAAGCAGGUUGAGAAUAGUCCCUGCUCAUUAGGCAGAGUAGAUUAUACCCAGUUUCUGCCUUGCUGUUCCCUGUUCCAUCCAAUAUACACUGGAAAAUUAGGGCUUAAUAGCAGUGCAUUUCUUACUGUAGCUCAAGAAAAGAUAGAAUAAGUUACCCACAGUGUUCAGUAACUGAGACAUAGCAAUAACUACAGCACUGAGGCAUCUUGAUGGAAGCUUUUUUGCCAGUUCUCCCUGCCCCCUUGGUAGAUGCUGACCUGGCAGCACUUUUUUAUUUACAGACCUGUUGCAGAGAGAGGCUUUUGGUGUUAAGUAUCUGUCCAUCCAUCCAUGCAGCUGCAAGACAAGGGACCCAUUUCCUAGAGUUCCCCUUUGCUUACCAGCUUUAUCUGCCCUUCUGGGGUGCAGGGUGGGAAUCAGCCUUGUACAGUGGUGUUCAACCUUUUUGUCCAUAGCGCCAGAUAAGCAGUGCCAAGUCCUUCCACAGGCUGCAUCUGGCUGGUAGACCCAGUCCAGUGCCUGAGGCAUGCAUGGCAGGGCCCCAUCCAGCUGCUUCAUGGAAGCAGCCCAUCCCCAAUCCAGCCACGUGGAGAAAGAGUGCUUAGUCUCAUUGCAAACCAGCCAUACAGGGAAAGGGAGUGUGGCUCAAUCCUGCGGGGAGGAGGUGGCAUAGCCCAGACCCAACUGGACCACAGGGAGAAGAGAGGAUGUAGCCCACCCCAGAUCUGACCAUGCUGGGGAAGAGUAGUGACCUGAUUUUUGACCUGCCUCUCAUGGCUUGGGAUUUUGGCAGCAGGGGGAGGGGGCAGUAUUAACACCUACUGCUUCCCCACCACCAAAUUUCCUGACCCAUAGGGAACCCUGCAGACCAGAGGUUGGCCACAUCUGGCAUAGUAUACAGAACUGGGUUUAUUACUUUAGUGUCACCUCUGUGCAGGGUCCAGCUUCCUGUCAUUACUUUGCACUGAGCAUGCAACAAGCUCAUGUAGCAAAAUUAGGAUUAAGGGAUCUUCUGUUUUUAAAGACUGACCAGUAAUAAAGUCAUUUGUUAAGAAAACUGGAUUCUGU